UCUGUAUCCAGCUCUGAGCCUCGGUGGAGGUCACUGCUGUCAGUUCAGCGCCCUGCGCGCCAGCCUCCGAGCAAAGUGGCAGUGGAUGGGGGAGGUGUACGAGAAAUCAGCUGGCUUUCUACCCCUUGAGAUCUUACAGUCUAGAAUUAGACUCGGUCACCUUUUUUGCGUGUGUGAAAGAAUUAUGAAAAAUCUCCAUGGAAGUAGCAAAUGGGCAGGACUUUCAAUUGGAGAGAAUAAAUUAGAAUGGGCUUCCGAGUGGAGAGAACUGUUUGAGCCAGGACAUGGUUUGCACAUUCGUUCAACAGGGAGUUGUAGGAGCUAAGCUGUGAAACAGAGGUGGAGGGCUUUCAGCACCAGGCAGAGGUCUGCUGAGACCUCUGGGGUCUGUUGAGAGGUUUGGAGUAGAGAGAGAAAUAGGAUUGAAGCGGAUCUUUAUGAAGAAUGACCUAGACUCUUGUGUAACAGCAGUUUGGUGGAGCAGGAGGUGGAGACUCCCAUUCAAAUGCCAUUUCAAGAACUAAAGUUAAUUUUAAAGAGACAGAUGGGAGGUAUUGAAGGGUUAAAGAAGGACAUCAGGAACUGAGCGUGUAAAGGAGAGGAUAUUUGAAGGUCAUUACUCAUGGUAACAAGGCAUGACAGUUACAAGAGAUCAAUGGAAGAGAAUGGCUUCAUCCUCUGCUAUCUGGCCAGUGUGCCCCUUUGUAUUUCAGCUGGUCCCAGGUUUUGAAAAUGCCUCAGGUCUUGUAAGGUUCUUUGUUUCCCUUUCAAGAUGCCCCUCUCAGACUUUGUCCUGGCCCUGAAGGACAACCCCUACUUUGGGGCUGGAUUUGGCCUGGUAGGUGUGGGUACAGCCCUGGCCUUGGCCCGGAAGGGUGCCCAGCUGGGCCUGGUGGCAUUCCGGCGCCAUUACAUGAUCACACUGGAAGUCCCUGCUCGGGACAGGAGCUAUGCCUGGUUGCUUAGCUGGCUCACCCGCCACAGUACCCGGACCCAGCACCUCAGUGUUGAGACCUCGUAUCUUCAGCAUGAAAGUGGCCGCAUCUCCACUAAGUUUGAAUUUGUCCCCAGCCCUGGAAACCACUUUAUCUGGUAUCAGGGGAAAUGGAUCCGAGUGGAGCGAAGCCGAGAAAUGCAGAUGAUAGACCUGCAGACGGGUACUCCUUGGGAAUCUGUUACCUUCACAGCUCUGGGCACUGACCGCAAGGUUUUCUUCAACAUCCUGGAGGAAGCUCGAGAGCUAGCCUUGCAGCAGGAGGAAGGGAAGACCUUGAUGUACACAGCCAUGGGCUCCGAAUGGCGACCCUUUGGGUAUCCACGCCGGCGGCGGCCACUGAAUUCUGUGGUUCUAGAACAGGGUCUGGCUGAGCGAAUUAUCAGAGAUGUCCGGGAAUUCAUUGAUAACCCCAAGUGGUACACUGACAGAGGCAUUCCCUACAGACGUGGCUACCUGCUUCAUGGGCCCCCUGGUUGUGGAAAGAGCAGUUUUAUCACAGCCCUGGCUGGGGAGCUGGAGCACAGCAUCUGCCUGCUGAGCCUCACAGACUCCAGCCUGUCCGAUGACCGGCUCAACCACCUGCUGAGUGCAGCCCCGCAGCAGAGCCUGGUGCUCCUGGAGGACGUGGAUGCUGCCUUUCUCAGUCGAGACCUGUCUGUGCAGGACCCAGUAAAGUACCAAGGUCUAGGUCGUCUCACCUUCAGUGGGUUGCUCAAUGCCUUGGAUGGUGUGGCUUCCACUGAGGCCCGCAUUGUGUUCAUGACUACCAACCACGUUGACAGAUUGGACCCUGCCCUGAUACGCCCAGGGCGAGUAGACCUGAAGGAGUAUGUGGGCUACUGCUCACAGUGGCAGCUGGCCCAGAUGUUCCAGAGGUUCUAUCCAGGGCAAGCACCUUCAUUGGCAGAGACCUUUGCAGAGUGUGUCCUUCAAGCCACAACACAGAUCAGUCCUGCCCAGGUGCAGGGCUACUUUAUGAUGUAUAAAAAUGACCCUAAUGGUGCAAUUCACAAUGCUGAGUCCCUGAGGAGGUGACAGCUAGGCUGUGCUCAGCUCUCCUCAAGGGGAUCAAUAAACGCCUGUCACCCUACUCUG